GACUUUCUGGUUCCCUGCGAUCUCAUUGGCCCUCUUAAGUAGUCGGGGUGGAGCCGUGUAGAGGGAGGGGGGAGACCACAACAAAGGGCAAGCAGCGGCUGGCGGUGGUGACCGUGUCUCCCGGUGCUUCCCCCAGGCCUCGCUCCAGGCCUCCCUCUGCCCGGCUCCAGAUGAAGUGUGAGCACUGCACGCGGAAGGAAUGUAGUAAAAAAACAAAAACGGAUGACCAAGAGUAUGCGUUAGAUGUACUGAGUCCGGCCCAGGAGAAUGGAGAGAAGGGAGAAUUUCAUAAAUUGGCUGAUGCAAAGAUCUUUCUGAGCGACUGCCUGGCGUGUGACAGCUGUGUGACAGCGGAAGAAGGCAUCCAAAUUUCCCAGCAGAACGCCAAGGACUUCUUCCGAGUUCUGAACCUUAAUAAGAAAUGUGAUACCUCAAAGCACAAGGUGCUGGCAGUGUCAGUGUGUCCUCAGUCUCUGCCUUAUUUUGCUGCUAAAUUCAGCCUCAGUGUGACCGAUGCAUCAAGGAGACUCUGUGGCUUCCUCAAAAGUCUAGGGGUGCACUAUGUGUUUGACACAACAAUCGCUGCAGAUUUUAGCAUCCUGGAGAGUCAAAAAGAAUUUGUGCAUCGCUACCAUCGGCACAGUGAGGACGAACCAGCGCUGCCCAUGCUAACCUCCGCCUGUCCUGGUUGGGUCCGCUAUGCUGAGCGGGUGCUGGGGCACCCAGUCACCCCCCACCUCUGCACCGCCAAGUCCCCCCAGCAGAUCAUGGGCUCUUUGGUGAAAGAUUAUUUUGCAAGACGGCAGAACCUGUCUCCAGACAAGAUUUUUCAUGUCAUUGUGGCUCCUUGCUAUGACAAGAAACUGGAGGCGCUUGGAGAAGACUUCACAGCUCUGCAUGGCUCCCGGGGUGCUGACUGCGUACUCACCUCAGGUGAAAUCAUUCAGAUCAUGGAGCGGAGUGAUCUCUCAGUGAAAGAAGCUUCUGUGGACACUCUGUUUGGAGACUUGGAGGAGGAACUGAGGCGACACGAUGGGACCAGCUCUGAUGGAUACCUGGCACAUGUAUUCAGACACGCAGCCAAGGAGCUAUUCAACAAGGAUGUAAGGGAGGUCACUUAUCGAACCCUGAGAAACAAAGACUUCCAGGAAGUCACCCUUGAAAAGGAUGGAGAGGUCCUAUUGCGCUUUGCUGCUGCCUAUGGCUUCCGAAACAUCCAGAAUGUGGUCCUAAAACUGAAGAGGGGAAAGUUCCCAUACCACUUCGUGGAGGUUCUUGCCUGUCCUAGGGGGUGCUUGAAUGGCAAAGGCCAAGCCCAAACAGAAGAUGGACAUGCAGACAAGGCUCUGCUGCAGCAGAUGGAAGCCAUCUACACAGACAUCCCCGUGCGGCCCCCGGAAAGCAGUGCCCACAUGCAGAAGCUGUACCAGGAGUGGCUGGAUGGGGCUGACUCCCCCCGAGUCCAGGAAGCCCUGCAUACUGCACACCAGGACCCAGUGUAUCCUGUUAGCAACCUGUUAGACAUCAAGUGGUAAUGGUGGAGAAAACAGAGGCCAUCAGGGGGCGCCACUGAGUAGAGGCAAGGGACACUCGAAGGAGACAACUUGGCCUUUCUGUUAUUGCCUUGUUGUUUUUUUUUUUUUUUUCCAGAAUUCUCCACUGCCCUGUUGUGGGUGGCACUUUCAUUCAGUUGAACGUGGUGCUAUCGUGUGUGUGUGUGUGUGUGUGUGUGUGUGUGUGUGUGUGUGUGUGUGUGUGUGUGUUUGUGUGUGUGUGUGUGUAAUAUUUUAAUGUGAGAGUAGGAUUGCGCCAUUUGAGUAUAUUCAUCCUAAUUUUCAAAAAUUCUCAAAGAACAAGAAUGGAGACAGGCUGCUUGCUGUCUCUGGGCUAAAAAAGAAAAAAAAAACAUCCACAAUAUGUCUAUAAAGAAUUAAAACUCCAGAAGUUCUGAUUCACAUGCCUCUGAGAUACUGAGAGAGAAAGGUGGGGGAAGGAAGGGAGAGAAUGGAGGCAGGGAGCCAGGUAUGGAGUUUGGACUGGCAGUUCACAACCUCAAUUUGGCUUUUUUUUAAACCCACUUAUGCUACUCUUGAAAAAUUGUUUUAGCCAGAUAUGAAUAAACUACCAACCUUGGCAAUCAAAGACUUAUAAGGCAAAUCUGGGUUUCCUACUUUUCUUAAGAGUCCCAAGUUGGUUUUUUACUUUAUUUUGGGGGGGUUGUGAGAGGGUGCAGGGGCUGGCGCAUCUGUUGAGCACAUACUUUACUGUGUGCAAGAACCAGCAUUCAAACCCCUAGUCCCCACCUAUGGGGGGGAAGCUUCAUAAAUGGUUCACAAGUGUCUCUCUUUCACCUAUCCCCCCCUUCCUUCUUGAUUUGUUUCUAUCAAAAAUAAAAUGUUUUUUAAGUAAUAGUUUUUAACUUUGGCAGCUGGGGAAACAGCUCAGCUAGUAGAGCACAGGACUUGAAUGCCAAAGGUUCCUGGUUCAGGUCCCAGUCCACAUAUACUAGAGCAGUGCUCUGCACAUGUGUGCAAGCAUGCACAUACUCUCUCCUAUGUAUCUCCUGAAAAAAAUAUCUGUAAAACAAAUCUAGCACAGUGAGCACACUCCUCACUGCCAGCAGGCAGUGGCAGACCUGUGUGACUAUAGCCCUAUAACUUCUAAACUCCCACUCUUACUUGGUGUGGGAGCUGACAAGAGUGACAGAUCUACAGAUAGAAGGGGUUGAUGGCCCUCCCUGGGGAAGGUCAAUGCCUUUCCACCCUGAAGUGUGUGAAGCAGCUUUCUCAAUGCCCCCCCCCCCAACACACACACACACACACACACACACACACACAGUCCUCACACAUAUCUGGCCAGUUAGUUACUCAGCUACAUGGGAUGCUCCUAUGAGUUUGUUUUAAAGGAAAAGCAGUAGUUUACCCACAAUCAAUCAAUUACACAGAAAGAGCUAGCACACCACAGGAAAUCUCUAGACCUCUGAAACCAUGGCAGACUGUGAAAUGAAAGACCUCCUUGAUUCAGCCUCGAGUUGGAUUUUUUAAGCACUUGGAUGCUCUUCAGCUGUGUGAUGUUCUUGGCCCCUCAGUACUUAGCGCCUCAGCACAGUGGAUCCUCUAUAUUGACUAGCAUAUCUUAGCCUGUAUACUCUGGGCUAAUAACUGGAUAUAUUGUGUUAAAUUGUUUUUUUCUUUGCUUUCAACCUGUAUACUGUCCUCUAUGGUAAAUGAUUAUGGAAUAAACAGUUGUCUGAGUGUG